AUGAAGCCACUCCUUGAACUCUCCUGUCCAAAGUGGCAAUGCCGUCGGUGCCCCACCCCUGCUUUUCUCCAGAUGCCUUUGGAGCGUCUUUUGCAGUCGAGUGGGCGAGUGGUGUACCUGUCGCCCAGCAACAACCAGCAGCCAGGUUUAACUUGCUCACCUUGGUAUCCUGAAAGCCUCCCCCAGAAUCUGGCUGGUGCUGCCCAGUUGAAAACUGUCCAUGGAGUUGUGACAAGGUUCUGUGGUGAUUAUGGCUUGAUUAAUGAGUUGAUCUACUUUAGUAGUGAUGUUGUGACUGGCAAUUUGCUUCUGAAAGUUGGACAAAAAGUGACUGCACUUGUGGAAGAAGACAAAACAUUGCACAGAAUGAAAGCAGUCAAAGUGGAUGCUUUCUCUGGUAGUCGUGAUGAUGAUGGACAGGCAGACUCCGGUGCCAGCCUUUUAUUUGAUUGUGUUACUUCUGUAAUGAAAGAUGGUGGCUAUAUUGAUAAAACAAUUUACUUCUCUCUAGACAUUGUUUGUAAAGGUUUCGAGCCUUAUAAGGGAGACUGGGUGGAAGCUGAGUAUUCUGUCCAGCCAGACACAUCAAACAUUAAUAUAAUGUCAGUGAAGCCUGUGAACUGUAAGCACAUGGAUGAGGUCUGCGUUACUAGCCUCUGUGGAAAAAAUGGGGUGAUAGAUGAUAGUAUCUUUUUCACAUUGGAUUCUCUGAAACUUCCUGAUGGAUAUGAACCUCAAAGAUCUGAUGUCGUCAGUGUGGUUGUGGUGGAAAGCACACAGUCAUGCUAUAUUUGGAGAGCGAUUUCUAUGACCCUAGUGAAAAGAGACCCUUCUACCUUUACUGAACACGUUGAUGAAUCAUUUGGAACCCUGUUACUGGAAAACAAAGGCAAUAUUGAAGUUACAAGGAUGACAAAUUUUGGAACCUUAAGUGAAGGAGAAAGUAAAACUAUAGUUAUCUGGAUUGAGAAUAAAGGAAAAUUUCCUCAAAACUUAGUCAAAUGCCAAUUUGCCAACUGGGAAAAAACUAAACAAUUCAAAUUUCAAAUGUCUGAAGAAAGCCAAAAGCACUCUGCAUUAUCUCAUGUUCUUGCUGGUCCUAGGAAGGAGAAGCAAUUUUUAAAAGGGAAUAUUAGUUCAUUAAAUUGCAACAGAAAAGACAUAACCUCUCAAGCAUUGGUGGACAACAGAGAAUUCUUUCCAGAUGAAAGUACCUCUCAAGGAGAAAACACUGUCUCCUGGAGUCAGGUUACAGAGGCUGAACCUAGUGAACAAGGAUUAAUCCCUCCAGGUGGAAAAACCUUUAUUACAGUUACCUGUGACGCCAGAAAUCUUGGCCACUGCAAGGAGCUUCUUUUGCUUCAUUUUUCUAAUUUCACAAUUGGGCGAUACGUUGAAGUAAAUGUAGUAAGUGCUGAAGAAUCACUUAUAGCUGUCGCAGAACCAUAUUCUUGGAAAAGGUAUGAAAGUUCCCAGGCAUUACUUCCCAUAAAAUCUAUUGUACUUGGAACCAGACCAAGAAGGCAUUCAAGACGAGCACUUCCAAAUUUCCUUCCACAUUAUCCCAUCCCAGAGACACUUAAAAAGUGCGUGGAACAAAACUUUGACAUACUGACUUUUCAGCCAUUACUUGCAGAGCUUUUGAACAUGUUAAACUACAAAGAGAGAUUUUCAACAUUGCUGUGGCUUGAGGAGAUUCAUGAAGAAAUGGAAAUGAAACAGUUCAGUAUGAGUGGAGUUAUUUUAAAAAAGAAUGGGAAUUUCUUGGUUUUGGAGAUCCCAGGAUUGUCUGAGAAUAGGCUAUCUCUGCAUCCAGGUGAUAAAGCAAUUUUAAGAAGUCAGGCGUACAGCGAACAUGUGGUUGAGUACAAUGUCUGUGUUCAUGAGAUUUAUGAAGAAGAUGUAACUUUUCCAAUAAAUUCAGGAUUUCAUGAAGCAUAUAACUUUGAACCUAUGGAUGUAGAAUUUGUAUUUAAUAGGACUCCAAGCAGACAUUGUCACUUUGCAGUUGAACAAGCCAGAUAUUUAGGUGCAAAAGUAUUAUUUCCAGAUCCUAUAAUUUUAAAGUCUCCUCAAGUUGAAGAGAGUUGUAACCAUGCACAAGAUAACACUUAUGGUGAACAGUCUCUCACUAUGACUAGUGAAACAGUGAAGGCCCAAACUGAACAUGUGUCAAAAGAGAGGAGUGGCAGCACCUUGGAUGUGCUGGACAUGGUGACCUUUGCUGCAGAGACAACAAGAAUUAAGGAAUUUUUCAAUCCAUUGCUGAAUGAAAAUCAGAAAUUAGCAGUUAGAAGGAUACUGAAUGGAGCAUGCCGACCAAUACCGUAUAUCCUUUUUGGCCCUCCUGGAACUGGAAAGACGGUUACGUUAAUAGAAACUAUUUUACAGGUGCAUACUGUUUUGCCUGACAGUCGGAUUUUAAUCUGUGCACCAUCCAACAGUGCAACGGACCUCAUAUGUUUGCGACUGCACGAGACCAAGGUGCUGACACCUGGGACUAUGGUCCGACUGAAUGCUACUUGCAGAUGUGAGGAGACAAUCAAUGAUACAGUUAAGCCAUAUUGCAGAGAUGGAGAAGACCUUCAGAAAGCCUCACACUUCAAGAUAAUACUUACAACAUGUAGCACUGCGGGGCUUUUUUACCAAUUAGGAAUAAGAACUGGACAUUUUACACAUGUAUUUGUGGAUGAAGCAGGACAAGCACGUGAGCCAGAAUGUCUUAUUCCUCUGGGCUUUGUUUCAGAUUCCAAAGGCCAGAUUGUGCUUGUUGGAGACCCCAUGCAGCUUGGACCAGUCGUUAAAUCCAGACUUGCUGUAGCUUAUGGGCUGAAUGUGUCCAUGUUGGAAAGAUUGAUGUCUCGACCAGCAUAUCAAAGAGAUGAAAAUGCUUUUGGUGAUUCUGGUGCAUACAAUCCUUUGUUAGUUACAAAGCUUGUGAAGAACUACAGAUCUCACGCCACUUUGCUUGAAUUGCCAUCUAAACUCUUUUAUCAAAAAGAACUCGAAGUGUGUGCAGACCCUAAAAUAGUGAACUCUUUGCUCAGCUGGGAGAAAUUGCCUAAGAAAGGUUUUCCUCUCAUUUUUCAUGGAGUGAGGGGCAGUGAAAUGCUUGAAGGAAGGAGCACCUCAUGGUUCAAUCCAGCAGAAGCUGUCCAAGUCAUGCGCUAUUGCUGCCUUCUUACCAAGUGUGUCACAGGUGAGGUGUCAGUGAGUGAUAUUGGUGUGAUCACCCCCUACCGGAAGCAGGUGGAGAAAAUCAGAAUUCUUUUGCGAAGCAUUGAUCUGAUGGAUAUAAAAGUUGGAUCAGUAGAGGAGUUUCAAGGACAAGAAUAUAUGGCUAUCAUCAUUUCAACUGUACGAUCAAGUGAAAGUAGUCUUCAAGAUAAUAGGAAUUUUUUGGGGUUCUUGGCCAGCUCAAAAAGAUUCAAUGUUGCAAUCACCAGAACCAAAGCUUUGCUGAUUGUGGUGGGAAACCCUCAUGUUCUCAUCCAAGAACCCUCUUUUAGGGCUCUUUUGGAAUAUAGUAUUAUAAGUGUUUACAUAGGAUGUGAUUUACCUCCUGAACUGCAGUCCUUGCAAAAAGAAGAAAAAUCACAAGUAACUCAUCCUUGCUACAGCAACACAUGUUGA